AUGGUUGCCAAUCUACAGAUCUCGACGCCUGUGCCAACUACUACGAUGCCUAUGCCAACUACUACCACCAAUCUGACGACGUUCUUGGAUGAAGGAGAACCUACUUCUGGUUUGCUCCCUAUGGAUGAAAACUAUACAAGCAAUACUGCAUUAGCAAGUGAAGAUGAUUAUGUACUUACGUGGAAUAGUUCAGAUGAACAAGAUGAAGAUGAAGACACACCUGCAUUAACGAGAAUGAAUAUAGCAAAGGAAAAGAAAAUUGUGGAUGGAAAGAUAUUCACCGACAUAUUACUCGUUUAA